AUGGACGAAGUGGCAGAGUUAUUAAAAACGUGGGAACUGUCCGAUGUCAUCCCAAAAUUUGCAGAGCAGGCGAUCAAUAUUCAGGCCUUAUCAGCAUUGACCACUGAUGAUAUCAAGGAUAUUAUCCUUCAAACAGGGCUGAGGGUGCUGUUCAUGAGGUGCUGGAGAUCUUGGAAGGCUGAAUUUUUAUGCAUCAAUAGUUCUUUACCCAAUCUAGAUUUAUCAGAAUUGCAAUUUGGACGGGACCCAGCUAUUAACAUUUCUCUUGCGGAAAAGAAAGAAAAUGUGCCCACAAAUAAUAUUGAAAAUCACAUAAUUGUAAACGAAAAUGUGCCCCCGAAUAGUGGUGAAAUUGAACAAGAAACGCAGAGUGGGUUACUUGAAAGUAUAUUACUAAAAUCACUCAUGAUGAUCAGACUUUGGAAUCUAUACAAAUAUUAUAAAGAGGAAAGGUUUGAUUUUUUGUUUGUUUGUUUGUUUGUAUGA